GUCUUCACAGGACAGGGUGGCAGAUUGGCACAUCCAGAAGUUCCCUCCCCAGGUCCAGCCCAGGCACUCACUAUGUCCACCAUCUCCCCUGAAUCAAGUUUAGAAGACUUUGACUACGAUGGGCUUCUAGAAGCCUGUGAUAUGGGAGACAUCGUGGCCCUGGGAACUGUCUUCCUAUCCAUUCUCUACUGCCUUAUUUUUGCCUUUGGCCUCGUGGGCAAUCUGCUGGUGGUGUUUGCUCUCACCAACAGCCAGAAGCCCAAGAACAUCACUGACAUUUACCUGCUGAACCUGGCCUUGUCUGAUCUGCUUUUUGUAGUCACCUUGCCCUUCUGGACUCAUUAUCUGAUAAACGAGCAAGGCCUUCACAAUGCCUUGUGCAAACUCACCACAGCCUUCUUCUUCAUUGGGUUUUUUGGAGGCAUAUUCUUCAUCACCAUCAUCAGCAUUGAUAGAUACAUGGCCAUCGUCCUGGCAACUAACUCCAUGAACAACCGGACCGUGACGCAAGGUGUCAUCAUCAGCCUCAGCGUCUGGGCAGCUGCCAUCUUGAUGUCCGCACCCCAGUUCAUGUUCACCAAGCAGAAGGAAAAGGAAUGUCAUGGUGACUACCCUGAGGUCCUGCAGAAAAUCUGGCCUGUACUCCGAAAUGUGGAAAUAAAUUUGCUUGGCUUCCUGCUCCCCCUGUUCAUUAUGAGUUACUGUUACUUCAGAAUCAUGUGGACACUGCUUUCCUGCAAGAACCACAAGAAAGCUAAAGCCAUUAAGCUGAUCUUUCUGGUGGUCACUGUGUUUUUCCUCUUCUGGACACCCUACAACAUUAUGAUUUUCUUAGAGACACUCAAUCUCUUUGACCUCUUUCCCAACUGUGACAUGCAGAAGAAUCUGAGGUUGGCCCUCAGUGUGACAGAGACAAUUGCAUUUACUCACUGCUGCCUCAAUCCCCUUAUCUACGCAUUUGCUGGAGAGAAGUUCAGAAGAUACCUUUACCACCUGUAUAGGAAAUGCCUGGCUAUCCUGUGCGGCCACCCUGUCACUCCUUCCUCCUCCCUAUCUGAAUCACAAAGGAGCAGGCGGGAAAGUAUUCUGAGCAGCAAUUUUACUCAUUACACCAAUGAUGGAGAUGCAUCCAUCCUUCUCUGAAGGGAUCCCCAAAGCCUUGUCCCUGCAGCUAGCCUGCAGUUCUGGACUUUGAUACUGAAUAAUAAGGACAGAUUUUUAAAUUUACUACAUGCAAGAAACAAUGGAACCAAUACUCCAAAGCAACCCUAAAGUUUUUUGAGAAUUGUGCUCAAAAUUUGAAUGAUAAAGGGUAGGCAUGCCUCUUACUGCAAAUAGCAGGACGUUUUUGUUUACAAAUGACAAAAUUUCAACUCAGACUAAUUUAACCUGAAAGGAGGCAGUAUCAUUCACAUUAGGCCCAGAAGCAUAAAAAGAAAAAACACUAGCCCACACUGAAAAGACAUUAUUUCCAAUCCCAACUCCAUCACUUCCCUGCUAGGUAAUUUGAGGCCAACAGAGCUUCAGCUUCCUCAGCUGUAGAAUGGCGAUAGCAGUACCUGUCACAUAGGAAGCAUCUUUUCCAGCAUGAGGAACCAGCCAUCAACUCUCACAGGUCUCAACCCUCUUAUAUGCUUCCCAGGCUUCAACUUCCCCACAGCUGGCACCAUGCUUAAUUGGUGCUGUUGCGAGAGCUUGGAUGAGGCUCAGACACAGAGGAGGCUGGUUCCUAGGAUGGCCCUCAGUGGACACUCAUAGAUAUACAGAUUCAUAGCCUUCCCUGACCCAACCCUCCCAGCCUGCCUGGAACACUUCUUCCCAGUCACCUGCUGGCAACCCUACCUAGAGUGCCUGCAUCGUUCAUGCCACUGCCAACCUGGAGAGCCAGAGCCUAAAACCAGCUUCCUUUUCUCAGACUUCCAAAACUCAGACUUCCUUUGGGAUGGUCUGAAUCUCUAACGCUUGAAAAACAAUAGAAGUGAUGCUGAAGAAAAUGUCAUCUAUAAUCUAACCAUUCAAUAUUUUCAUGUGCCCAUCAGACCUCGUUCAAACCCUCAUGCAUUUCAAGUUGUGACAGUUUUAUAAUCUGUUUUUUUUUUCUUAACAUUAGGCCACGAACAAUUCUGUUUCGAUAUGGUUUUUUGUAAUGAACAUUUUAGAAGACUCUGCUAGGUUGUGCGCUCAUUGAAAGCAUCUGACUCACUGCUGUGUUUCUCACUCCUUGGCAGUCAGUAUGUUUGUUUAACCAAUGAGAGAAUGAAUAAUGUUCCAUCAAGAUCAUGUACUGUAACUCACUCACCAUUUCUCUGUUAAUAAAUAUUCACUGUUUCUAAUAUUUAGCAAAUACA